CAGGCGAGCGCGCUACCGCUUGAGCCACAUCCCCAGCCCCCUCCUGUAAUUUUUAUGUAACAGUUUUUGGAACAUUUAUUGUGCUUCAAGAUUGAACCAGGCACUUUUAGAUAAAUCUCCCCACAAAUGUCCCACAUUACAAAUACAAAAGCAAAGGCCUCGAAUUACAUAAUUUUUAUAAGAUCCUCUCCAUCCAAAUUUGUCCUGCCUACUGAACAUUCCCCCUUGAGUUUCCUGUUGUCAGGUAUGUUGAGCAAUGAGUCUCUCUGGGUUUGCUCAGUGGUUGAGUUGGAACUGGAACCCAGGGCUGACUCCAAAACUCAUGGUGUUGAUGACCCUUUAAUGCUGCCUUACCUUCUUAAAACAAGAGACAACUCCUAAUUCUAUAAAUAACAUGACAUUGUCUCUUCAGGUCCUUUCUGGGUGAGGAAAGCGCUUUUUAUAGCUUGGGAUUGCUUCUGUUUUCUUGGUCUCUUCCAGCACCAGUUAAUCCUACCCAGUUUUGUCCUUCACUGUCCUUACACUGACUGUAUUCCUAGUUUUCCUCCUUGCUAGACAACUUGUGAGACCACAUGGUUUUGGUCUGUGUAUGCCAGCAAAGAAAUCUCACUCCUCCCCAAGUCUGCCUACCUUUCUAUAAAUAAUCGUUCUCUUUCCUCAGGCCUUUGAGUAGUUUGGUCACCUAACGCAGGCGCGCGCGCGCGCGCACACACACACACACACACACACACACACACUCACGCGCGGCAGGGGGUUGGGUAGUGGCAACAUAAGUGACCUUGCAAAGGUAUCUAGCCCACUGGGGACAGAAUUAGCAAACCUGAAACCUCUGCAAAUAUUUGGCUUCCUCCCACAUUCCUCCUGAAGCUGCUGAAUCCCUCGCGUCGACCUCACCCAGUACCCUUUUAGCUCGCUCGCCAUACAAAGCCCAAUCCGCCCAUCUCUUCUUUACAAACCCAGAGAACUUCAUUCCCCAUGUUGAAACUCGGCGGUGGCGGUGGCGGGCAGGACUGGGCAUGCUCAGUGACAGGGACAGGUCUGGGAGGCGAGGAAGCUACAUUUGAAGUCGCGCGGCCCAGGGAUCAGGGGGAGGUGGGUGGCUGGGGCCCCGGCUGGGGGUGCACGGAGACCCCAGAUUCCGUGCCCAGGGACAGCAUGCUCCAGGAAGGCGCUGCAGGGCGGGCGCGCGAGGGGGAGGGCGUGGAGGAGGUGGAGGAGUCAGCGGGAGGAGGGGAGGAGCGCUGGGCUCGCCAUCCCCGGGCGCCGGCUCUGCGGCUGCUGAAUCGGAAGCCGCCGGGAGGAUCUGAGGAAAUAAAGACGACCGAGAAUGACCUCCAGGGAGGCAGCUUGAGCCGGGGCUCGCGCGCUGUCCCGCCAGCCCCGAGCAUGGGCGACCGCGGCGGGCAGCCGGAGCGCUCAGCCUCGCACACCCCAGGGGCCCCCGCGGGCAYCAACGCAGCCCUCGUGAACGGGCUGCUGCACAACGGCUUCCACCCGCCUCCAGUCCAGCCGCCGCUCGUUUGCAGCCGGGGCCCCUCGGGCGGCGGCGACGCGGCGCCCCCACGCCUCCCGCUCCUGUCGGAGCUCCAGCCACAGCAGCUGCUGGCUCAGCAUGACUCUCCGGCCAAGAAAUGCCGGCUUCGGAGGAGGAUGGACUCCGGGAGGAAGAACAGGCCGCCAUUCCCAUGGUUUGGCAUGGAUAUUGGUGGAACUCUGGUUAAGUUGGUCUACUUUGAACCAAAGGAUAUUACAGCCGAAGAGGAACAAGAGGAAGUGGAGAACCUGAAGAGCAUCCGGAAGUAUUUGACUUCUAAUACUGCUUAUGGGAAAACUGGGAUCCGAGACGUCCACCUGGAACUGAAAAACCUGACCAUGUGUGGGCGCAAAGGGAACCUGCACUUCAUCCGCUUCCCCAGCUGUGCCAUGCACAUGUUCAUUCAGAUGGGCAGCGAGAAGAACUUCUCCAGCCUCCACACCACCCUCUGUGCCACAGGAGGCGGGGCCUUCAAGUUUGAAGAGGACUUCAGAAUGAUUGCUGACCUGCAUCUCCAUAAACUGGAUGAACUGGACUGUCUCAUUCAGGGUCUGCUUUACGUCGACUCCGUCGGCUUCAACGGCAAGCCAGAAUGUUACUAUUUUGAAAACCCCACAAAUCCUGAAUUGUGUCAAAAAAAGCCAUACUGCCUUGAUAACCCAUACCCUAUGUUGCUGGUUAACAUGGGCUCAGGUGUCAGCAUUCUAGCAGUGUACUCCAAGGACAACUAUAAAAGAGUUACAGGGACCAGUCUUGGAGGUGGAACAUUCCUAGGCCUAUGUUGCUUGCUGACUGGUUGUGAGACCUUUGAAGAAGCUCUGGAAAUGGCAGCUAAAGGCGACAGCACCAAUGUUGAUAAGCUGGUGAAGGACAUUUACGGAGGAGACUAUGAACGAUUUGGCCUUCAAGGAUCUGCUGUAGCAUCAAGCUUUGGCAACAUGAUGAGUAAAGAAAAGCGAGAUUCCAUCAGCAAGGAAGACCUCGCCCGGGCCACCUUGGUCACCAUCACCAACAACAUUGGCUCCAUUGCUCGGAUGUGUGCACUGAAUGAGAAUAUUGACAGAGUUGUGUUUGUUGGGAAUUUUCUCAGAAUCAAUAUGGUCUCCAUGAAGCUGCUAGCAUAUGCCAUGGAUUUUUGGUCCAAAGGACAACUGAAGGCUCUGUUUUUGGAACAUGAGGGUUAUUUUGGAGCUGUUGGGGCAUUGUUGGAACUGUUCAAAAUGACCGAUGACCAGUAGAAAUGAGCAGUAGAGGGAACAGCCUCCUGUGAGGACAGAGAGCUGAAAGGUACUGCUGGAGAAGGAGAAAAUCGCUGUGGAUGGAAGCCAAGCCAUUAUGGCAGAGGAACCUGCUGGAUUUGUAAAUAAUCUAAAAUUCUUCUAGCUGAUCUUUGACUCUUAGGUUUUGAGCUUAUGAUUUAAAAUGGGAAAUAUAAGAGUUUUUUCUGUAUACUGUAUUUUUAAAAAAAAAUAAUUUGUGCAGUGUGGCCAAACCCACCAAUUUUAUGCAUUAACUUUGAAAAAUUGUAUGGUGUCUAGAAGGACCUGAAAUGUAAGCGCUAUUCAUUUUUCUUCUGGGGUUUACUGAUCGGUGUGGUAAUUUUAACUUCAUUUAGUAAUUACUCUAGGAGAUUUUACCUUUACUUAUAUUUUUCAUGACGUUUCAUGAUUUGCUGUUGGUUUCAAAUGAAACUACAAAUCUGACAUGUUUUACUGUGAACACUUUUUUUUUGUUUGUAUGCUUUUUUUUUUGUCCUUUCUGUUUGAAUGUCUUAUGAAAAACAUGAGUCCCUCCCCCUGUUUUUGUUAUCCUCUGAUCUCCCUCUCUCCUACCCACAAUCUAUCUUUAAUGUAAUUGUUCAUAUCAAUCAAGGUGCUGACCAACUCAAUACAAAGUUAAAACACACAAUCCAAAGCUCUCAAAAGUGCCCAUGAGGAGAAGACUCUAUGUGUGUUAAUGAAUUUAAUGAGUCUGGCAAAAGUUGAAAAUGAUAUGCAAUUUUAUCUUACCACUUAUAAAUAUAGUGAUUCGCUGGAUUUAUAUUAUGCUGUGUUAUAUUAAAUUGAAUUAUCCUAUGAUGAAAUGCCUUCAUCCAUGUAAUCCUUGUGCAUGAAGUUUGGAACUUAUUGGGAAAAGCUUCCCAGCAGAUGAACUGUCACAUGAAAGGGAAGUCAUGCAUUGAAUGUCAGGUAGUAAUAACUCUUUUGUAUGUUUAUGUACCUAGAUGCUUUGUAACAAGACAUCUUAAAUAAUAAUGUUAAUUUUUUUCAUUUUUAAUAUUUUAAACUGAAAACUGUACU